AUGGGCAACCUAUGCAGUAUGAUCGACGUGGACCUGCCACCUCGGGGCCCACGAGGCCCGCCGCGCAUGCACGCAAGCGAGCUCGCGCCGCCUGUUUAUGCGGCUGAACGCCUGCAUCAGCUGCACGUCGGCGGCAGCGGCGAGGCGCACAAGCGCGCCUCGUCGUCCUCGCGGUCGCCAGAACGGCGAUUGGCUGCGGCAACCGCGGCGGCGGCGCCUGCCGCGGCCGCGAGCGGCGACGCCCCACCUGCCGGGACGGUGCUGCCAGCGGCCGACGGCGGCGCCUGCGGGCCACUCGCCGGCGGAGGCGGCGGCAACGGGGACGAUGGAUGGCGCAUUCCUGCGGGAGCCGCGCAGCCGCCGGACGGCGACGCUGACGGCGGGGCCACCGCGCUCGCCGAUGCGGAGCCUAAGCCUCCGCAGCCCCCAUUCAGUUGGACGAAAGGGGAGCUGAUCGGCAUCGGUGCAUUUGGGCGCGUGUUCACCGGCCUCAACAACCUGACCGGCGAGAUCAUCGCAGUCAAGCAGGUGUCUAUCGCGCGCGACGAGGCGCUGCAGGGCCAUGUGUCGGAGCACAUCAAGGCGCUGCAGGGGGAGCUGGCCAUGCUGCAGAAGCUGAAGCACGAGAACAUCGUGCAGUACCUCGGGACGGACCGCACGCCAGAUUCGAUGUACAUCUUCCUGGAGUAUGUCCACGGCGGCAGCAUCGCCAGCCUGCUGGCAAAGUUUGGGCCGUUCCAGGAGGCUGUGAUCCGCGUGUACACGCGCCAGAUCCUGCGGGGGCUGGAGUACCUCCACGCGGGCGGCCAUGUGCACCGGGACAUCAAGGGAGCCAACAUCCUGGUUGACAAGGGCUCCACGGUCAAGCUGGCAGACUUUGGGGCGUCGAAAACGAUUGAGGACCUGGCCACCAUCGGGGCGGGCUGCAACAGCAUCCGCGGGACGCCGUACUGGAUGGCGCCAGAGGUGAUCAAGCAGACUGGCCACGGCCGCCCUGCCGACAUCUGGUCUGUGGGCUGCACCGUGAUUGAGAUGGCAACCGGCAAGCCGCCGUGGAGCAACUACGCGGCCCCAGUCGCGGCGAUGUUCCAGAUUGCGAGCAGCAAGGACCCGCCGCCGAUCCCUGAGCACCUGUCGCCGCAGGCCAAGGACUUUUUGCUGAUGUGCUUUAACAGGGUUGCAAGGGACCGGGCGAGCGCCACGCGGCUGCUCAAGCACCCGUUUGUGGCGGAGACCCCGCCGUCGCACCCUCAGCCCCCGCUGGGAUCGUUGGGCUUUGCAACAAGCGGGACGGCGUUGUUCGCCGCUGGCCCCGUGCGCGCGGCCAACGGCGCCGCCUUCGCUGCGCAGCAGCAGGCGGGACAGCAGUCGGCCGCGGCCGCGGCUCGCGCAAGCGCGGCCGCGCAGCAGCAGGCCGGUGUGCGUGCAGGAGGGGCGUUGGCGGCGUUGCAGCAGCAGUCCCAGCAGGGGACCGCGCGGGCCAGCCCCAAACGGCUGGCGCCAGGGACGCCGGGCGGCGAACGGGGCGCUCCCCCCAUCGCGAAUGGAUCCUUCUACGUGGGCCGCGGCGGCGGCGACGCGGCUGCUGUCGUGACAACGCACCCUUCGCCGCUCCGGGGCGCCCAGUACCCGCAGCAGCAGCAGCAGCAGCAGCAGGAGCUGGUGCAGCAGCAGCAGCAGCACUCGUCGGACGGCUGCCCCUUCCAGGACACGGCGCCCCGCGGCGCGGACAGCCCGCGCGGCCUGGCAUCCACCUCCCUGACCAACUUGAAGCUGCCGCGGCUGGCGCAGCACGGGGGCAUACAGGGGGCGGGCGCGCGCAAGGGCCCUCUCGGCCGCGGCCUGGCGGCCGCGCGCGCGCGGUCGCCUCAUGACAGCUUUGGUUCGUCCGCAGAGACGCUGGUCGGCGCGGCCGGCGCGGCCCGCAAGUCGGCGGCGGCGGCGGGCGCGCAGCAGCUGGCGCUGGCGGCGGGCGGGGGGGCCGACGCGGGCGCGGCCGCGCAGCAGUGGCUGUCUGGAGACAGCCGGGAGCAGCUGCACCAGCAGCAGGCUGCGGCGGGCUCGGACGAUGUGCGCGCUUCGGGGCAGUCCCAGUGGUCAAACGUGCCGCUGGACGACACCGAUGCGCGCGCAUCUGUGGCGCAACGGGCGGCCUGUCCUGUUGAGCAGCAGUGA